AUGUCGGCCGCUGCUGAGACCGCGCCGCUGGCGAGCGCCUUCGAGGCGACNGUUUCGUGCUUCGUCGACCUCACCAAGGCAUACGAUUCGGUGGACCGAGACCUACUGUGGGACGUGUUCCGACGCUUCGGCGUGCCCCCGAAGAUGCUGGCGGUCAUUCGCCACUUCCACGAGGGCAUGAGGGCGCGCGUCCGAACGGACGACGGGCAGUACUCGGAAUGGUUCGACGUGGGCCAAGGCCUCCGACAGGGAUGCAACCUGGCCCCGCUGCUUUUCAACUUGUUCUUUGCCGCGAUGCUCAUGGUCGCCGUGGCCGAGUUCGACAAGGACCCCAAGGACCCCAAGGUGACGGCGGACAUGGUCAAGAUCGGGACACAAGUGGAGUACACGGGCAAGAAGGGCAGGUCGGCGGGGAGGAAGACGACGGUGGUGACGGACGCGGAGGCCUUGUGGGCCAUGCUCUACGCUGACGACGCGGCCAUCGUCUCGCGCUCGCCGGAGAGUCUCGAGAAGAUGAUGUCGACGUACAAGCAGACAGAUCGGUUUGUGUACCUCGGACGUACCAUCUCCGCGGACGGGAAGGCCGACCGGGAGAUCACGAGCCGCAGCUGCCGAGCGUGGAGAUGCUACCGCCGUAACAGUGCUUCGAUGUUCGACAGGCGACGGGCCGACCGCCAGCUCAAGAUCCGGUUAUUCCAGGCUGAAACUCUCCUGUAUGGGUGCGCCUCGUGGAGCCUAACAGCGGAGCACUACACGAAGCUCAAUGGGACCCACCGCCAGUUCCUCACACGGUGCAUCGGCUGGAGCAAGCGGAAACGCUCAGAACGCCCCCUGUCCUAUGCCCGGGCCCUCAUGCAGGCAGGCUGCGAGGAAACCAUCAAGGCCACCGUGCGCAAACGGAGACUGUGUUUCGCGGGCUUUGUUAUGCGCAUGGAGGACAACCGCCUCCCCAAGUGCAUGCUGUUAAGAGCGAUGGCGGGGGGCGUGGGAUACCGGGGCGGGCAGGAGAGCGACUGGGUGUCUCGUCUAGGCGAGGACCUCGUGGCCUUCAACAUGGGAGACGAAAAGGAAUCGGGGAAAAAGCAAGAGAGUGCCAAGGACCCGGAGGUGUGGUACAACAAGGUCGAGGACGGGGCGGCAUGGUUCAUGAGGAAAUGGCGCAGGCAGGAGGCGGAAGCGUCCGCGACGCGCCAGCGCGCGAGCGAAGCAGAAGCAGAGAGUACGGCCAUCUUAGGACCGAACAGAAAGAGGGUCGGGGAAGCGGCGGUGGGGGGCAAGAAACGGCGACCGAGUACUGCUGUAGAAGCGAGUAGGGCCGCCGAGGCAGUACUGUGGCGAACUAUGUAA